AUAUCCAAAUAGUAGUCGUUGAAUUAGACCUCCCCUCGCCAAAUGAAUAUGUAUUUAGUCAGUUGAAUUCUACUUCCAUAAACAGUUUCACACUCAGUUUACAUGCACCAAAACACUAUGGACACCAAUGAUGUUAAGGGUAUUUUGAAAUCGGGGCCAAUAAGCUCAAAUUUAGUUGUAAGAUCGGCCAAGUUCGACGAGGUGAACAUUCUGGCCACAUUUCAUCCCGUCAACAAGGACUACGGCCACAUGAUUAUCGAUGAGCCCAAGACUCCGUUUGUCUUUGAGGAUGAAAUACCCCCCGAGUUGGACAUGAAUGCCUUGGUGGAAAAGCUGCGCAUCACGUCGAGAUCGCAAAUGCCUUCAUUCGGGUUCGAUGACGACUCCGAUGAGUCGUCAGAGGAGGAGGACUUUCCGGAGUCGCUGGAGGAGCAGGCGCGCCGUUUGGAGUUUGAGCGCCGUCGCAAGUUGCACUACACGGAAUUCUUUUCCGUGCCCCUGGCUCGACGUCUUAUAGCCGAAGAAUUUGGCUGUAAUAGUAGCUCCGAGGAGAGUAUUUCCAUCGAGACGAAUGGGGUUAGCAUAGAUAAAUGCUCGGAAAUGUGCCCUCCAUGUGGUGAAUUUAGUCUGGCGUGCAGCUCCCUACAUUCGGGCGUCUCUGUGGAUAGCAGUGUAGAGUAUGAGCCGGGGUAUGAUCCCAAACAUCCCUGUUACCAGAAACUAAUGGCAAAGAUCGACGAGCCGAUUGCCGAAUCACCGAAAUACAGCUCAUUGUCUCGCCUUCAAACCAUUCCCUCGGUAGUCUCCGAGAGUCUAGUUCCAACGGUUCCCCAUGCGAGUACUCGGGUGACUACCACCGGCAGGAUAACCAUUAAGCCGGCACAAUCCAUCAGUAAUAUGGGACCUGUAAGCACCCGCAUUUGCACAGCCAAUGGGAAUUCUAAGGAUCAAAGUAAAUGGAAGAGAACUCGAUAAAAGCGAUACGUCGCUUGUGUUUAUUUAAAUAAAGUGAUUAUUCGUAUUUACUGGA